AUGCGAGUAAACUUUAAGAACAGUUUUGGACAUCGAAUGGCAGUGUUUGAGAGCAUCGAUGAGGUGGUGGCGCGACUUAACGGUGCCAUUAUUGCCGAAGAGAUUACGAGAAAAGUGUUGAACGUCCAGACAUUGGCUUGUACCGCCACUCAGGACUGGCAGAUAGACUCUGGGUCAUUUGUGUCUAACUCAUGGGUAGGAAAUGUCGUAUAUUUAUUGAGGGUAUUCUAUGUGUUGGAACCCAUACAUGAGGAGGAGGUAGGGUUGGCUGGCUUUGUGCCCCAAUGUCUGGAAGGGGGUUUGUUUAGGAAACCUAAGUUCGAGUCCCAGUCCUGUCUAUUACGGAAGGCCUCAAAAUGGUUGUCCGAAAACCCGGAGAUUAACUUUUGUAGUGCGAUGUCAUUGGAUGUGAAACUCAAGUCAAUGGUAUCGAUUGACACGAAACGGAUGUCCGUCACGCGAGAGACCGGAGAUUUCAUACGAAUCCUUCGCAUAGCGUAUACCAAACCCCGGGAGUUGUCGGCAGACAUACCCAUCAGCUCUACACUACCACCGCCUCCGCCCGUAUACCUCGAGCACCAGGUGUAUGUCUCACAUAAAGAUUAUUCAAUGAUAAAACAUGUGAUCAAUGAUUUCAUGGGAAGGGAUGAGUGGCGGACAGCACAGGAAACUUACAAAUGGCUGCUCUUAAGCUGCGAAACGGUUCCAGUGUUUGCCAACAAUGGUCUCAAGACAUCGCUGGGAGCUAACAGUGAUCAGUCCUUUCAGGCCCUACUGUCCUCUAACCACACACUCUGUAGUUCAGAGUAUUAUGCCCUAAUACUCUACUAUGACGUCGGAUACUAUGGUAUCGACCACCUUGGGUACAAUGCGAAUUCAUUGAGUGCUUAUGAUAUAAUAAGGGAACGACCCGUAGGCUGUCACCGAUAUCAACGAGAUAUACCCGAUAUCUUUGAUAGACAUGACGACGAUGUAGUGACCUUUGACGAGGACCUACCAGCCCCCGAAGACUGUCGGCUAACAGCCAUAAUAGACUUCGCAAACAAUUGGCUACAGAAGCGGGAGGUAUGGGGUGUCAUAUCGUGCGAGACUGUAGGCGCCAUAAUAAGGGUUAAGUUCUCAAAGGGCGGGACAGUUACCUACAAAAAACUACUGACCACUUACUCUAUCAACGAUGAAGGCAUACUGAGUCAAUGGGGAGUAUCGUAUGACACACUCAUCUCAGAGGGAACGGCAUGUUUUCGAGUGAAACUGUUGCGUCUAUGGGUCCGACCCUUUGAUAGCUCGGAGUUCAACGAUAAGGUGCGUCCGAUUGUACCGCAGAUACAGUUCCGCGACUUAGAGCCCCGGAUUCUGGACUCAAGUAGUAAUAGGUUUGAGAGCAUCGAUGAGGUGGUGGCGCGACUUAACGGUGCCAUUAAUGCCGAAGAGAUUACGGGAAAGAUAUUGAAUUGUCACUCCGGACUGGGAGAUGACUCCCAGACCAAUGUGUCCGACCCAUGGGUUGGUAGGAUUGUCUACGUGUUGAGAGUGUUUUACAUAUUGGGACCCAUACAUGAGGAGGAGGUAGGUUUGGCUGACUUUGUGCCCCAGUAUCUGGAAGGGGGUGUGUUUAGGAAACCUAAGUUCGAGUCCCAGUCCUGUGUAUUACGGAAGGCCUCGAAAUGGUUGUCCGAAAACCCGGAAAUAAACUUUUGUAGUGCGAUGUCAUUGGAUGUGAAACUCAAGUCAAUGGUAUCGAUUGACACGAAACGGAUGUCCGUCACGCGAGGGACCGGAGAUUUCAUACGAAUCCUUCGCAUAGCGUAUACCAAACCCCGGGAGGUGUCCGCAGAUAUACCCAUCAGCUCAACGCUACCACCACCUCCGCCCGUAUACCUCGAGCACCGAGUGUUUGUCUUACAUAAGGACUAUUCGGAAAUUAAAUAUGCAAUCAAUGACUUCAUGGGAAGGGAUGAGUGGCUGACAACACAGGAAACGUACAAAUGGCUGCUCUUGAGCUGUGAAACGGUUCCCGUGUUUGCCAACAAUAGUCUCAAAUCAACGCUCGAGAAAAACAGCGAUCAGUCCUUUCAGACACUACUGUCCUCUAAGCACACACUCUGUAGUUCAGAAGCCGUAAUAGACUUCGCAAACAAUUGGCUACAGGAGCGGGAAGUAUGGGACGUGAUAUCGUGCGAGACUGUAGGCGCCAUAAUAGAGGUCGCGUUUUCAAAGGGCGGGACAGUUACCUACAAAAAACUACUGACCACUUACUCUACCAACAAUGAGAGCCCACUGAGACAAUGGGCGGACUAUUACGACACAUUCAUCUAUGAGAAAACGAUAUGCUUUCGGGUGAAAAUGUUGAGGCUAUGGUUGCGACCAUUUGAUAGCCCGGAGCUCAACGAUAAGAUGCGUCCGAUUGUACCGCAGAUACAGUUCCGCGACUUUGAGCCCCGGAUUCUGGACUCAAGUAGUAAUAGGUUUGAGAGCAUCGAUGAGGUGGUGGCGCGACUUAAC